GCAGCCUGGUUUUACGAAUAUGCAGGUUCAGAUGACAUUGUCGGACCGGAGAGCAUGGAGAAGUUCUGCGAGGACAUCGGAGUAGAGCCUGAAAAUAUUGUAAUGUUAGUUUUAGCCUGGAAACUUGAAGCAACAAAUAUGGGAUUUUUCACAAAAGAAGAGUGGCUGAAAGGAAUGACGUCACUACAUUGCGACUGCACAGAGAGAUUACAAGGCAAACUGGAUUAUAUGCGCUCUCAGCUGAAUGACCCGGUUAUAUUCAAGAGCAUUUACAGAUACGCCUUCGACUUUGCCAGGGAUAAAGAUCAGCGCAGUCUUGAUAUGGACACUGCAAAAUCCAUGUUGGCACUUCUUCUUGGAAGGACGUGGCCUCUGUUCCCAGUGUUUAAUCAAUUUCUGGAGCAAUCAAAGUAUAAAGUCAUGAAUAAGGACCAGUGGUACAACGUCCUCGAGUUCAGCCGCACAGUUAACACAGACCUGAGCAACUAUGAUGAAGACGGAGCCUGGCCAGUGAUGCUGGAUGAGUUUGUGGAGUGGCAUAAAGCCAGAAUUGCAUUAUAGCACAAGCAGACGCUGAGUUCAGAGUUUUUGUUGGUUUUCGGUGUGCCCCAGACGAUGGCAUACCUCUCGAGGACUGCUUCAACAUGUCUUACAUCACUACCCAGAGACUCUUACAGUGUUACUUUAAAAAGAAAUGGCACAGAGGAAUCACAAGACAAAAGGGGAAAUAUUUUUCAUAUGUACUGAAUUUGUUGCUACAGUUAUAUUGCCAGUGUUAUAUGAAUUUUCUGAAAAGGGGGAACGGUCUGUUUGUAAUUUCCUUUCAUUUUUUUUCCUCUCCAAGUUUUACUUUGUUUAUAGUGUUUUGAAAAGGAAAUAAAUAAAGCAGUUGUAAAUUAAUUAAUCUUCUAGACUUUACUGGCUUGGCAUUCAGCACUGUUGGAGCAAUAAAGUGUUUUUCAUCUAAAU